ACACAACACAAAUAAAGCGAUUGCCACCAUUCGAUAAAUACCAAACAGCUGGCGAAAAACAAAUGAAAACAACGCGCUGUUGUCAUGUUUUUGUUUAUAAGCCGUCCCAUGGGGACGCUUGGCAAUCGUAUGCGAAUAGUACGCGAACGCUUGGGCGAUAAUUUUCUGGACAAGCUUGACGAACUGCAUUUGAAUGCUCUGCGUACUGGCCUAGUCUCCAGAGCGGAUCUACAGGAAGCUUAUCGAAACUCGCGUGACAUGAAUACCAAUCAAAAUCGGCUAAACUUCUUGUGGCUUCUGGGCAUCAUAUUUUUUAUAUUGGUAGCGACACCCGUUUUCUAUGAGACCAUUUCGUUUUUGCUCGGCGUGCGCUGUUUCGUGCCCAACAAUCACCUGGUAUGGGAGGCAACACGUCCAAUCAGCGAUUGUGAGUUCUGCAAGGGUGUUGUGGCACCUCUAAUUUUACCCAACCUAACACGCGAGGAGUUUGCUCGCUAUGCCUACUCCUCGCGACCAAUCAUUGUGAAAAAGGCCAUUGCCCAUUGGUCAGCAAAACAAAGUCUCAAUUAUACAUCUAUUAAAGAAUUGUAUGAGAGCGUGCCUGGCUCAUUGGAGACCGCAUGUCAGUUCCAGCAUUUCAAUUCAGAUCUCAAGUCGUUGCGUGACGUUUUCAAGAUGUCACCAAAGCGCGUUAAUCUGAGCGAGGGCUCGCCCUGGUUUGUGGGUUGGAGCGUUUGUCAGCCUACGGUGCUGGCGGAGCUGCGUAAGUUGUAUCCACGUCCACACUUUCUGCCAGUGGAUGCUGAAAUGCCAAACACGGACUUCAUACUGAUGGGGUAUGAACAGGGCGCCGUCAUGCAUUUGGACUACAUUCCACGUCUAAUGUGGCAGGCACAGCUGCAAGGCAACAAAAGUUGGUUCCUCUCCCCCGCGCCGGAAUGCGAUCAUCAAUGCCAGUCGUUUUUCUUCUAUGUGGAGCCAGGCGAUGCUGUAAUGGUGGAUACACGCAUCUGGUAUCAUGCCAACACCAUACCCAGAGGACAAUUCUCACUCACUGUGCAGUCCGAAUACGGGUAAAUUUUAACAUUAUAUGAAAAAAGUCUGAUGAGAGAUUUA